UUCCCCUCGGGUGGUGUACGUGUGUAGUGUAGUGUGUGUAUGUGUGUGUGUGUGUGUGGAUUGACACUUUGACAGAUCAGUGUCAGCUCGUGUAGUUAUGGGAGUUGAUCUGCAGCGAUGUUAGACAACACAGAGCUUUUGACUUUCAUCAAAACGUCUGCGCUUUUUACGCGAUGGAGUUUGGAGCGGAGAGAGGCGACGGGAGCCACCGCGCGCUUUGGACACCGAGGAUGUGUGUGUAAACGUGGACAGACUGGGGUCAAUCAUGGAGCCUGAGCUGAACUGCAGCUCCCACUGUGAUUCCCCUCUUUGCUUCAUCCACUCAGGAGUCAACAGGCAGGAGGGCCUCGAAGUGCUGCAGAGGCUAUGCACUGUCAGCAUGAUGGCAGUGGAGCUCCCAAGGCGUUCACUCUCCCCAGUGCUAAGAGCUGUGGUGUGGACGCUGCUCUGUGGUGGCAUCCUGCUGGCCUUCUGCUUCCUCCUCUUCACCCUGCGCUUCAAAAACAACAGGAUAGUGAAGAUGUCCAGUCCAAAUCUGAAUGUCCUGACUCUCUUAGGAAGUUUCCUCACUUACAGCAGUGGCUUCUUGUUCGCUGUUGACGAACGACUGCACUCGCAAGGUGGAACAUCGACGGCCGUGCUACAAGCUCGCAUGUGGACUCUGUGUGUCGGCAGUACCCUGGUGUUUGGCCCAAUUUUGGGGAAGACGUGGAGACUGUACAGAGUGUUCACUCAGCGACUGCCUGACAAGAGAGUGAUAAUCCGAGACAUACAGCUGAUGGGCAUGGUGGCUUUGCUGAUCCUGGUCGACCUGCUGGUUCUCACCAUCUGGAACCUCACAGACCCGAUCAGGUGUUCCAGAUCUGUCGGGGCUGUUGUCAAGGUAGCAGACAGAGGCAUCUUCUACUCUUUGUCACAGAUGGACUCUUGUUCUUCUGGAUACUCUUAUCUGUGGGCGAUCAUUAUUGCUGUUCAGAAGGGAAGUCUUCUCCUCUAUGGCACUUAUCUGGCAGGGCUGACCAGCAACGUCAGCCACCCUCCGGUCAACCAGUCCCCCACCAUCAUAACAGCCGUUACUCUGGUCACCCUCUCCUCAGCUGUGGUCGUCCCGGUGUCCAUCUUCUUGCCGGCCUGGCCCAACCUGGUCUACAGCACUGUGGCUGGAGCCAUCUUCAUCUGCACAUCGGCGACUAACUGUAUGCUGUUUGUGCCUCAGCUGACCCAGUGGCGGCAAUUUGAAGAAGAUCAGAAUAACCCGGGUCAGAUGGCUAAGUAUUUCAGCAGCCCCAGCAAGAGCCAGCCAUCUGUGUACAGCCAGGAUGAGAUCUACUACCUGCUGGGGGAGAACAACUCCAUGAAAAAGCUCCUUAAUGAGAAAAACGCUGUGAUCGACAGUCUCCAGGAGCAGGUGAACAACGCCAAGGAUAAACUCCUGCGGCUCAUGUCAGCCAGCCAGCCCCGCGAGGACCAGGACAUGGACUCGUCCACCACCAACCUCAACUCCUCCUCGACUCAAACCACAGAGCUCCAGUCUGACGGCCCUUCUUCUUCUUCUCUACCUCAAAGAGACCAUGAAUUACAACUCUCCCGUCCUCACUGCGCCGCUGCUGCCGUUGUGUCACCUCCUGAGCGUCCCACUGCUUCGUCCCCUCUCCCUGCUGAUGUGCGUGUGGGUGUAAAUCAAAAGAGUGUGUCAAUCCCUGGCACCACACACUCGAGCAAAGCUGGAUCCAGAAUUGUGGACGAUCUCAAACAGCCUGUGUCAGUCCCGUCCUCUGGAUUACUCAGGACAACAGAGGAGACGGUUAACUUUGUCAAUUCCCUACAGUUCCGUAGAGGGUUAAACCCCUUUCAGGUGGAAACGUUUGGCAAUCACAGUGGCCUAACACCUCAGCUGAGACCGACCGGCUUUGUUAGCAGUGAGCAGCUGCAGGAAAUCCUCCAGGAGCUUAGUUUGGACACAGUCAUAGAAAGUGCGCUUCGCUCUCCUGCUCAUACACAGAUAAAAUUCACAGAACCCUCCCCUCUCUCCUUGCGGACGCCACGCUCCCCUCAUCCACCCGUUCUCUUUCGUCACCCCAGCAUUUCCCCAUAUGCAAUGAGGAAACGCCGGCCACCGUUCAGUUCGUCCAGAAGAGUUUUGACCUCUCCGUGCUUCUACACGGGAUGUGACAAAAUCAAAGAAACCUGUGAAAACCAAAAUCCAGGCAAGAACCUCGAUGGGGUCACUGGUGAUGGUACCCUUCUCCAGAAUCACCGCAGUGACCUAGAGCUAGAUGAGGAGGAGGAGGAGGAGGUGGAGGAGGAGGAAUCAGAAAGGCAUGGAGUAGUAAGAAAACGUCAGAGGUGUGUUUCAAAAUCUCACAGAUGUUCAGCAGUGCGCUGUGCAGAACACGAUCACGCAGCUCCGUGUGAUGUGGAGGCAGCUGGUGAUAAGGAGCAGCACCGCAGACACAUGAGAGACUCCUGUGGGUACUGGGACUCUGAUUCUAGCAGCUCUACAGACUAUUGUUACUACCACCGUCCCUACUGUGACUCCUGUCUGCAGCGGGGCUCGCUGUUCUCCUCCGACAGCUCCUCGGACUCCUCCGACGGCGAGUACGAAGGCUACACCAGCCUCUACCGCUCCUCACACCCUGUGGUGUUUAAAGAAGACAUCAAACCCACCUUUGUGUGAACAUAGGUUUUACUGCACUUUAAUUCAAUGUCCUAAAAACUCAACGCUAUCUUUGUGGAGUGACACAUUUAGAUGGGAAUAUGGUGCGUUUGCAUCGCUUUCAAUAGGAAUGUUUGGUGCAUUCUGUAUGAAGAGAGGGCUUGUGUACUUAAUUUGUUGUAAACCUCGCCGUUAACUUUUUUAAUAUUAGUUAUGUCCUUAUUUUGUGUAUUUCUGCUGUCAGAUGAAGGUUUUGAAAGAAACAGUAUACUAGCUAUAAUACUGACCAUAUUUAUUUUAAUAUUUAUUAGUACAUUUACAGAAUAACUCUCUGUCUUACUUUAAAAAAAAAAGUUUUACAUGGUCAAACAUUACUGAGAAUGUUUUGUGGAAUUGGCUUCAGUUGUCAAAUGCCUACAAUGUCUAUACAACAUGUCACAUGCUUCUCGUCUACAGCUGAUUUACAUGAGACACCACACACUGCUACUUCUCUUAAUUAUUUUUAAAUGAUUAUUGUUACUAUCCAUAUACAUUCAGAAGUCCCAGUUUUGUGAAUAUGUCAUGUGUGAGUGUGUGACAAAACGCUUUUUUUCCUCUACACCAUGAGCUCUACACCAUUUCAUGCUCAUUCUGCAUCUUAAAUACUAAAAGGUUUAUAAAAUGCUGACACUUGAUACAGGUCUGGAUGAACCUGCAGGUCAUAAGGGCAGAAACCUUUACUU